AUGAUAGCACUUUGGUUCGUUUUCUUCCAAUUCUUACAACAUUCAAGUCAUCACAGAAGCCAUCGUCUUCCAAGUUGGUUUACAAUUUUGGCCUUUUCUCCAUCCUCCUCAGGACAAGAAGAAGAAGAAAUACAAGUUGAUGCCAAUGCUCAAGGAAUUCAAGGAAAUGAAGCUGAAACCAAUCUAAGCACUCAAGGAAACGAAGUUGAAACUAAUACUGUCAAGACAAAUCCCCCUCCUUGCGAAGCACUUGAUGUCAAUGAUGGUGAACAUAAUGAUGAUAAGUUUGCGAAUUUUUCCGUGGACACGGCUCCUCGAAAAAACCGCGUAUCCGUUUGCCGUGUUGGAACUUUGAGACAAUGUGGCUAG